AUGCAUGAGUUGCCUUUGUUUGUCAACAAUAAAGGCAAGCCAAUACAUGGAAUCAUGAGGAAGAUGUCAACAAAAUACAAAGUCAGUAAAAAGACUAUUUCAAGAAUAUGGAGCCAAGUCAAACAGCAACAACAACAAAACUCAUUCCCAAUAAAUGUAAACAGCAAAAGGGUUGGGAAGAAAUCAAGGGGACAAAUCAUCUUUGAUGACACCAAGUUUAAAAGCCUAGAGAAAGCCAAAAAAACAAGUCAAGCUGUUGUUGCCAAAGCAAUGGAUGAUGAGGGAAUCAAUUUUAGAUUCAAUGACGUGUCAAACAUUGUACAUAUAGAUGAGAAACUAUUUUAUUUCACUAGGGCACAACAAACAUACUAUCUCACACCUAGGGAGGAGGAACCACAUAGAGAUAUUCAAUCGAAAAGAUAUGUGCCCAAAAUCAUGUUUAUGUGUGCAGUGGCUAAACCUUUGUUUUCAAAUGAUGGUGAACUAAUAUUUGAUGGAAAGAUUGGAAUCUUUCCUUUUACAACUCAGGUACCAGCUUAG